GUAACAUCAUGGCGGCUGUAGAGCCAACACGAGCAUGUGUUACCUUACGCUAAUAUAGAGUAUUUUAUCUCAGCGGUCAGCCUGUCCAUUCAGUGUCGUUUUCUCGUUUUUAAAUAGUUUGAAAAUGGCCGACCUGUCGUCUUUAGGUCUGUCAGACUGGUUGGUGAGGCAAUGUAAACAGCUGGGAAUCAACAAACCCACUCCUGUUCAGGAAAACUGCGUCCCAGCCAUCCUGGAAGGACGUGACUGUAUGGGCUGCGCCAAGACUGGAAGUGGAAAGACGGCGGCGUUUGUGUUGCCCGUGCUGCAGAAACUAUCAGAGGAGCCCUAUGGCAUCUUCUGUCUGGUGCUCACUCCUACCAGGGAGCUGGCCUAUCAGAUUGCAGAGCAGUUCAGAGUUCUGGGGAAGCCUCUGGGUUUGAAAGAGUGCAUCAUCGUUGGAGGAAUGGACAUGGUGAGCCAGGCCCUGGAGCUAACCAAUCAGCCUCAUGUUGUCGUAGCAACACCGGGUCGGCUGGCCGAUCACAUCCGCAGCUCCAACACUUUCAGCAUGAGCAAGAUCAAGUUCUUGAUUCUUGAUGAGGCGGACCGGCUGCUGGAGCAGGGUUGUACUGACUUCACCAAAGACCUGGAGGUGAUCCUGGGCGUCUUACCAGCCAAACGUCAGACGCUGCUGUUCAGCGCCACGCUGACAGACACCCUGCAGGAGCUUAAGAGCAUCGCCAUGAACAAACCUUUCUUCUGGGAGAGCACAUCAGAAACGAGGACAGUGGAGGAGCUGGACCAGAGAUACAUCCUCACUCCAGAGAAGGUGAAGGACGCUUACUUGGUCCAUCUGAUCCAGACAUUUACGGACCAGCAUGACGACUGGUCCAUCAUCAUCUUCACCAACACGUGCAAGAGCUGCCAGAUUCUGACUAUGAUGCUGCGGGCUUUUAACUUUCCUACAAUCUCUCUGCACUCAAUGAUGAAACAGAAACAACGGUUCGCCAAUCUUGCCAAGUUCAAGGCCAGCGUCUAUAGGAUCCUGAUUGCGACGGAUGUAGCUUCCAGGGGGUUGGAUAUUCCAACUGUGCAGGUCGUCAUUAACCAUAACACCCCAGGGCUUCCAAAGAUCUACAUCCAUAGAGUGGGGAGAACCGCAAGAGCAGGGAGAAACGGAGUGUCCAUCACACUGGUGACGCAGUACGACAUCCAUCUGGUCCAUUCGAUCGAGGAACAGACAAAAACUAAGUUGAAGGAAUAUCCUAUGGAGGAGAAGGAAGUCCUAAAGAUCCUGACUCAAGUCAACGUGACUCGACGCGAGUGUGAAAUUAGACUUGAAUCGACAGACUUUGAUGAGAAAAAGGAGAUUAACAAGAGGAAACAGCUGAUCUUGGAGGGGAAGGACCCAGACCUGGAAGCCAAGAGGAAGGCAGAGCUGGAAAAGAUCAGGAGCCAAAAGAAGAAAUUUAAACAGAAAAUCCAAGACAGCAUUCAGAGACAAAAACAUGGACAGAUGAAGAAGAACCGGCCUAAAAGCAAAAAGGCAGAGUCGGCAGCAUCAUAAAAGCUGCCUGAUGUACAUAAGUUUUAUU